AUGGCGGAAGUUUCUGUCGCCAUCGUACGUCUCAAAAUAAGCGCAUUAUCCGAUAAAGCAAUACCAACGAGUCAAGAUUUUGAAAUUUGUAUAAAGGAGGAGCCGUCGACUGUCAAAAGUUUUGGAGCGAAGCAUGUAAGUCAUCAGGAGAAGAUAGAUGGAGGGCAUACUGUUGGUGCAGAUGUAUUCAAGCUGCCCAGUUUUUCAUUUGAACCGAGCAAAGUGAAUACGUUGGAGGAUAUGAUUCAUGAUUAUUUCAAAAGAACUGGAAACACAAUUCGUCGGGCAGUUCGUAUACCUCUCCACGACGAUCUCAAUGAACCAUCCAGUUCCACAAAACCAUCCCUUGGACACGUACCCGGAUUAUCCCUAGUCUGUGUUCCAGUAUUCGUCAAAGAAUCAGUUGAAGUCGCCAAUUCUCGAUAUGAAAACCUUCAGAAACUUGUGAAUCUCUGUAGAAAUCAACCAGAAAUGUUCGAUAUCCACACGAAGAAUAUGAUUUUGAUACUGGAAAAGUGGCUGAUCGACUCACAGACUUCUGAUUCGUAUUUUCUAUCGAAUUUCUUCAUGAAAGAGUCAGCAAGGGCACGAAUCAGGUCAUGUGUCCAUAAUCCUGCAUUUAUUGAUCUCCAGGAGCAAUGUAUUCGUCACAUGUCUCACAGUGUCCGAAGCAACAUUUCGUCAGCGUCAGCUGAUUUGGAUGACAGAGUUCACGUGGCAAAUAUUGCGAAAAUCGCAAUGUUGAGAUACAAUAAAUUCACGAUAAGUGUCAUAAAUCCGGCGUUCAAUCCGAACUUUGCAAGCGAAGAUUCGUCGUGUGUCUACUUCUAUCCCGGAAUAAAACAAUGUCGAACACAACGAGCCGCGUCAAGUACAUCCCAAGAUAUGAGAAGUCGUCUAUACCCAUUACAUAAAGCUGCAGAAGAAGGGAAUGCAGAAGAUAUUCGGAGAUAUCUAAAAGUCGGAAUGGAUAGUAAUCAGAGAGAUGACGACAGUUGGACACCUCUGCAUUAUGCAUGUUUUCAUGGACAUUUGGAAGUUGUCAAUGAGCUUUUAAUGUCUCCACAAAUGACUGCGAUAAAUGCUCAAAACAAAGGCGGAGCGACCGCGCUACAGUAUGCCGUGAUACAUGGGAAUGAAUAUCUGGUAGAACUUCUAACAUCUCAUGCUUCAAUUGAUGUGAAUAUCAGGAAUAAUGAGGGAUAUCGACCCAUCGAUUACUCGGUGAAUAAUCCUGCAAUAAAGAAGAUUCUAGAAAUGCAGAUAUUCAAGACAAAAAUUAAUGUGGAUACCGUAAUCGGCGCCUUCAGUAUAAAAUCAAGAUCUCCAGAAGAUGCAACGGCAAGCGAAGUGUUGGAUAUCUUGGGAGAGGAGACACAGUUGAAUAAAGAGCAAAUGAAUUGUUUCGCGUUGUUUUUAUACUCGGAAUCAAUGUCUCUCCAACUAAAACCUGAGCACCUCAUAGAAGAGAAACUGAAAAUCGACAAGUGGAAUUCAAUGAUUCGAAAGCUGAUGAAUGCAGAUAUUCGAUCUGAAACUCCUCGUCUGAAACUGAAAAGAAAUGCCUAUGCAACUGCAAUAAUGGAAAUGGCGACAGAUACGGUAGAUGGUGGCGAAGAUGAUUGGGAAGAUGAUGCUGCCACGGAGGUUCGACGAGUUGACGCAUUCUCCGACAGGGCACGAAGUGGAGCACACCUGAAAAUAAAGCGAGUCGACAACAACAGUUUCGCAUGGUCUACACUCCUUGACGAGGCGACGAAUGCGUACCUUGCUGGUCAUCUGAUUGCCAAUUCAAAAGAAGAAGUCACGAAAUUAGCGGCAAUUGUGAGCAGAGCGAUGCAAGGGAGAGAUUUCAAACCUACUUCAUCAGCAACCAAUCGUACUAUGAAAGAAUCAGAAUCUCUCAAGGGAACGACGGAGAAGAAAUGA